AUGCAAUCUCAUUCAAAGAAACGCGUGUCCUACUACUAUGACGGUAAGCUUUACUAGGAGCUUCUCUUUCAAAGGUUUUCUCCUGUUUCAGGGGAUGUCGGAAAUUACUACUAUGGUCAAGGGCACCCGAUGAAGCCGCAAAGAAUUCGAAUGGCUCAUAACCUCCUUCUGAACUAUGGUCUGUACCGAAAGAUGGAAGUUUUUGUGAGUAGUUUGCACUGAAGUCAAAAAACCCUAACGAUUGUUUUAGAGGCCGCGGCCAGCGACAUUCGAGGAAAUGACUCGGUAUCAUUCUGACGAGUACAUCAACUUUUUGAAAAAUGUUUGUCCCGAGAAAAUGCACGAGCAGAAGGUUCCGCUGAACAAGUUCAACCUUGGCGAGGUGCGGAGUUCGUUUCAGUACUGAAUUUCCCAUUAUUGGUUUUUUUUAGGAUUGUCCAGUCUUUGACGGAGUUUAUGAGUUUUGCCAAUUAUCUUGUGGUGGCUCUCUGGGUAAGUUCUCCAAACUCAAUAUAGAAAAUAGCCAGAUUUUCAGCGGCUGCCUCUCGUUUGAAUCGCAACGAUUCGGACAUUUGUAUAAACUGGAUGGGGGGCUUGCAUCACGCCAAAAAAGCCGAAGCCAGCGGUUUUUGUUAUAGCAAUGAUAUUGUGCUAGCUAUUCUGGAGCUUCUGAAAAUUCACCCGGUAUAUUCAUUUUGAACUGAAGCAACAUUAGGUGCUCUAAAAGAUUACACUUUUGAUUUUUGCUGUGUUCUUUGGAAAGUAUGUUCUCACGGACCCAGAUUUAGCUUGUCGCCUAUAGCUGAUUCACGGAUACCUUGAGCCAUCGAAAAAUGAGUCCUGACACGAUAAAAGAAGAGACAGUGUCUGGUUGGUGGAGAGUGCAGACAAGCCACGCCUCCUAGCGCCCCAAGUUAGCCGUGAAUCGGUUAUAUAACUUUUUACUGAACCGUUUAGUUCGAAUUAAAAUAAUUUUUUGGGAACUUAAAAGAAUUUAUUGCAAUAUUAUUUUUUAAAAAAACGUUUUUUUUUCUCCUGGAAAACCUCCCAGACUUUUUUAGAGAUACGUGGAACUUUUUUUGCUCUUUGAAUUACAUAAACUUAUUUUUCAGCGAGUUUUAUACAUCGACAUUGAUAUCCAUCACGGCGACGGCGUAGAAGAAGCUUUCUACACGACGGAUCGUGUAAUGACUGUUUCUUUCCACAAAUAUGGAGAAUAUUUCCCCGGAACUGGCGAUUCCAAGGUUAGCUUUAUUUUGUGUGGAAUAAUCAUAUCUCCAGUUCUUUUUCCAGGAUAUUGGCGCUGAUAAGGGGAUGUAUUACGCCCUGAACUUUCCUUUGAGAGAUGGGAUCGAUGAUGAUGCCUAUGAGGUUUCCAAAGGCUUUGUACUGGUAGAAUAAGAUUAAUUUUCCAGAAAAUUUUCAAGCCGGUCAUUUCGAGGGUGAUGGAACAUUUCCGGCCCUCGGCUGUCGUUUUACAAUGCGGCGCUGAUUCCUUGACGGGAGACCGAUUAGGAUGUUUCAAUUUAACACUGAAAGGUAAUAACUGCAAAUUGUAAGCCAUCACAGUGACAUCGUGAAAAAAAAAAGAAAGAUCGGUUCGAAAUAGAGAAAAAGCAAUCACCCUGCAAAAAGAAGGUAAUGCUAACUACGAAUAAUCGCGAUUAUUUUUUGGAUAGUUCCAUUUCUGUUAUCGGUUUGCAGGCCACGGACAGUGCGUCGAGUUCCUCAAGUCGUUCAACGUGCCUCUGAUGUUGGUCGGCGGCGGCGGAUACACGAUCCGCAAUGUUUCCCGUUGUUGGUGUUACGAGACCGCCGUGGCGGUCGACGAAGAAAUUCCCAACGGUACUCCUUUCCCUCCUCCUCGACUCCACUACUCAUUGCUCAGACCUUCCCUUCAACGACUACUUCGAGUACUUCGGUCCCGACUACAAGCUGCACAUUAUGCCGUCCAACAUGCCCAAUAUGAACACUCGAGAGUACUUGGAGUCGACGAUGUCGUCUCUUUUCGAGUACAUGCGAAAUCUGCCGUUCGCGCCGUCCGUUCAGAUGCAGCCUCUGCAGAAGGAGCACGACGUCGUCAGGUUUUACGACAAGAGUCUCGUCGAGGAUCACAUCGAUCCUGAUGUAGGUUUUCGGAGUAAUCACGUCUAGGUUUGUAUUGGAAACGUUAUUAGAAACUGCGAAUUUCAUCUUGUGACAUUGUUUUAAAAAACAAUCAUAAUUUCUGAAAAUUAGCCAAUAUUAAUGAAUAUAAGAAUGUUAUUUUUUCGUAUGAUUUUCAAUAAAGGAGCAAAUUGAAUUUUUGAAAAUGAAGAAAAAAAUUUCAGAGUUUUUGAACUUUCUUUGAUGAACGGUGAAAACAUGAAAUUCCACCAGUUUUGACAUCGAAAUCUUCUCCCUUACUCAUAGAUUAUCUGUGUUUGUUUUCUUUUUCUUAUCUUCAAAAUGAUAGCUCUUUCAGUUUUCCACAGCUUUUCUUUUUUCAAGGUACGGGAGUCGACCUCGCAAAUCGACCAGGCCGUGGAACAUGUCGCCGAGUUCUACGACGAAAAAGAGCCGACGAAGCGGCUCGACGAGGUAAUGAUCCCGCGCGAUUUAUCCUUCAGUGAGACUUUUCAGGCACCUGUGAAAAGGACAGCGUCCAGUCCACCUCUUGAAAUGGAAAGCGCGAAAAAGACGAAAGUUUUGUCCACUGAGGAGCCGAAUGGCGACCAAGUCGUGCUAAUGGAAACUGAAACGGUGAGUUGCAGGAAAGUGCAGGAAAGGUUCCGCGCGGAAAGAAAAAUGUUAUGUUUAUGAAAUUUCACGAAAAAAAGAUUUAAGAUAAUUCAUGUGCGAAAAACCGUAUUUUACAAAGGUAUUCCAGUCAAGAGAACUACAGAAUUAUUUCGUUUAAUACUCGCUUUUUUCAGGUCACUCGAACACUUAUCGUCAGUGAACCAAACAACGAAGACUUGGGCGGAGACGAAUCCAGCGACAAAUCUUGA